AUGUCUCGCACUGAUAGUACAAAAACAUCAGGUUAAUAACAAGUUAAGAAAUCUUUAAUCAGUCCUUUGAAAGAAGCAUUUAACCAACUUACAAAAUCAUAUAGAUUCUACAUAUCUAAUGAAGAAUAAAUCAUUGAUAUAGUAAUAGAUCUACCAUCUCAUACUGACCUAGUAAUUGCAAUUAGCCGUGUCUUAUAAGUAGCCAGCAAGGAUUACCCAAUAGAUUAAAAUCCUAGAAAUUAUGAGGCUUAUAUAGCUAAAAAGAAUGGAAGACCUAAAACCGAUCUCCCUUCAUAUUAAAUUGACCUCAGAUUGGAGGAGACUUAAAAUUCUGUAUUCUCUCUUGUCCAUGUGACAUUUCAAGAAAGGAAACCUAAAAGAAAAUCUACUUAUGAUUAUACAAACAACUACAGCCCAAUCAAGCCAGAAUAGACCAAAGAUAUCGAUGAAAUCAAAGGAUAAAAGAAUUGGUUUCUUAGAUUUUUGGGUUGUGGUUGA